AUGAAUAAAUAUUCGCCUGAAAGCCUUGUACAAAUAAUAUAAAAUAUAUUAGAAAUGUCUUAUAGGCGCAGUAUUGGUAAAAGCAGGAUAGGCACUACUGAUGACCUGGGGAAAAUCUAAUGUUUAUUAUUAUUCAUAUUACAAAAUGAAUGAUCCUAAUUUAUCAGUUGCUUACAACACCUUACCUAUAGCAUUGAUGGGCAUUCCUUUAGCUGCUGCAUCAGUAUAUUCAUUAAAGAUAGCCGAUAGCAUAGGCUACGAAAAAUUAAUAAGAAUAACAACAUCAUUAUAAUUCUUAUCAUUUCUCUUAGCACUACACGCAAACUCUUAUUUAGAAUUCAUAUUUUUUUAUUUGGGAUUUAUUGGUUUAGGUUAUGCAUUAAUAGCCUUUCCUUUGUUGAAAUGCCUCUGGAGUCACUUCUCAGAAGAAGAAGGUAUGGUCACAGGCAUUUUAUUUGGAGUAUUUGGAUUUGCUACACUUUUUUUUUUACUUUUAGUGACAUAUAUAGUAAAUCCAAACAACGAAGAAGCAACGUUAUCAGUAAUCGAUUAAUUAUAACAUAGAUGAAAGUUGGUUCAUAGGAAUAUCUAUAUUUCUCUGAGGAAGUUGCAGUUAAUACAUACUAAGCCAUUAAGUUUGCUGGAUUUAUAGCAGGCACUUUAAGUGUUUGUGGUAGCAUAUUAAUAAACCAGAAAAAAUUGGAAGUUGCAGAAGAGCAGGAAUUAUAGGUGUUGACCAGUGAAAUUUAAAAUAUCAAAGUUACUCCAAAUGACCCUCUAUUGCAAGUUGUAAAAACUACUCAAUUCAAAAUACUUCUUGGAUCUUACUUCACUGUGUUUUUUUUUGAAGUAACAUUAGGAUUAAACUAUAAGACUUAUGUGCUACAAAAGGUAAAUAAUAUUAUUAGUUUAAGAGAUUAAUAAUGAUCAAUUGAUUACAUGGGUUGACACGCUUGCAAUUAUUUUAGGAUCCAUUGCUAAUUUUGUCUUUGGUAAGAUGGCUGAUUAGGUUAGAUUUACUCUCUUAUUGCACAAACUAUUAAUAAUUAUGAGUGUUAUAGCUGUAAUGAUUCCUAUAUCCUUGAAUAUUUCAAAGGAUUUAUUCAUUAUUGGUAUCAUUAUAAUUUAUCUUGUAGAUUAUCUUUUGUUAUCUAUAGUCUCUAAAGGAAUUAUUGUCAUAUUAGGUCCAGGAUUACUCUAGAUUUUUGGUAAAAAAACAGGUGCUGAUAUCCUGCCGAUUGUCAAUUUUAGUGGAUUGUUAGGCUUCAUCAUUUCCUCUCUAUCUAUACUAUUGAUAGUCCCAAUAUUGAGAUUUGAUGGCACAUUCAUUUUUCAAGGAUUAUUAAUUGGUUUGGCUGCCUUUAGUACUAAAAAGAUCAAUUAAUGA